UUGACAGAUGAUGUGGCCUGCUUUGCUGUUUUGUUCUAGUGAAUUUUAAUUUAAAUAAUAUUAAUUGAGUGUCUAUAAUAAUGCAAAAAUGACUUUAUUACAAUAUAUUUUAUUUACAUUAUUAAUUUCCACAUGCCAAUGUACAUUACCAGAUAAAGUUUAUUGUGUAAAUCCAGAAUGUAGUGAACCUAUAUCAAAAGCAAAAACACUUCUGAACUAUAGUAGUCCUGACAAAAAUUUUAUAACAUUCAGAGGAAAUUCUGAUGCGAUAAUUUAUAUGAAAUCCGCUGACAAGAAUUCCGAGAAUUCUAUAUGGUAUGCCUCUGUUAAUGGUAAAUCAGGAUUCAUUAACUCGAAAUUUUUACGAGAAUAUAAAGUACUGGAAAAACACCCUAAAUUUAUUUUGCCACUAGACGUAGAUAUGAUACAAAUUGCAGUGCAGCCUGACAAAGUAAAGCAGGCUCAUGAAGUGAUUGAGGGAACAACAAUAUUAACAGAUCCUUCACCCAUUCAAAAGGAACAAGAAAACACUUCCAACCUUAUUGAUGUAUCCAAUGAAAACCAUGUCCCUAAUAUUCCAGAAAAUAUUGAACAUGUGCAAAAUGACUCUGGUAAUAAUCAAAAUAUUCCAACAGAAAACUAUCUAGAAACAUUUUUAAAUAAACACACCUCAACUGAGUCUACUACAGAAGGCUCUUCUCCAGAACGGUCAAAAAAUGUGGUUGAUGAAUCAAUUGAAAUACAAAAUUAUGUAACAGAACCUCCAAUCCAUGCAUCAGACAAAUCUAUUAACCAGAUUGAGCAAGUUGUUAACCAAAAUUUUGAUUCUCAUUCUUCACAACAAAUAGAUGAAAUGCAAAAUAUUCAAACACAUACUGAAAAUAUAUCACAAUCAGAAGAGCUUGCUUCUAGUAAUAGUGACAUAUUUUCAUCAGAGUCUGUCACAAGUCCACCAAAUAUUGAAUCUAACCUGCCAAAUGAAAAUAUAGACUCUUUAAACAUUGUUCAAGAAAAUUCAAACAAUAUACUUAAUCCUCCAGAAAAUAUACCAGAAGUGCCUGAGUUAAGUAAAGAAAAUACUGAAAUAGAUGUAAAAGAAACUGUGACUGAAAAUCUUCAAACAGAAACAAAAAAUAUACCAGCAGAACCAACUUUCAUUUUGUCUAGUCAAAAAUCUACAACACCAGUCACACCUUUAGAUAAUUUGCAAUUAACAAAAGAUGUAGAUGAGAAUGCUAUACCUAUAGACAAUGUUGGUAAUAUUGCAGACUUCGGUACAAAUACUAUACCAGAAGUUACAAGUACAUUGGCAACACCAAAAGUUGUAAAUACUUUUGAUACUACAACAGAAGCUGUAAUACAAGAAUCUCUUACAACAACUACUGAAACAGUGCCUGUAACUGAAUUAAAAUCUGAACCAACAAUGGAAACACAAAGAGAUACAAGUACAUCAUCAAUACCAGAAGUUGUCAACACUUUUGGUACUACAACAGAAGCUGUAUCACAAGAAUCUUUUACAACAACUACUGAAACAGUUCCAACAACUGAAUUCAAACCUGAACCAGCAACUGGGACACCAGUAGAUACAAGUGCAUCAGCAGUACCAGAAGUUGUCAGCAUUUUUGGUGCUACAACAGAAGCUGUAUCACAGGAAUCUUUCAUAACAACUACUGAAACAGUUCCAACAACUGGAACACCAGUAGAUACAAGUUCAACAGCAACACCAGAAGUUAUUAACACCUUUGACACUACAACAGAAGCUGUAUCACAGGAAUCUUUUUCAACAACUACUGAAACAGUACCUGUAACUGAAUUUAAUCCUGAUUCAUUAACUGAAAAAAUUAUCACUCCUGACCCAAAACCUGACAUUUAUGAAACUACAACUGAGAGUUUAAUUGAAGAAAUAUUUAGUGAAGCCACUACUGAAACACCAUCUUAUCCAGAAGAAAGUGCAGGGGGUCUGCUUUCAGAUAUUUACACAACUAUUGCUGAUAUGUGGCCUCCUAGUACUGAAGCGCCCCCUAAAGAAAUCUUUAAUCCUGAUUAUGUUCGUAAUCCUGAUAGUGAAGCGACACUAUUGGAUGAAACAGAAAGUUUCUCAUUCAUUAGUUAUAUUUUUAAUGCAUACACUUCUGUUAUGGGCAUUAAAGAACCAACACAUGACUUGUUCCCAUCACCUGGUGAUAAGUGUUUUACAGAUGAGUAUUGCGAUGGGGAGAGUAUGAAAAAACCAAACCGCCUUUUGACAUUCCUUCUGACCACGGCCGGGUCAGUCUUACUAUUUAUACUGGGAUACUACUAUAUUGAGAACAAUAGACAAGAUGGCAGACUUAUUGGCAGUAUUAAUAAUCUCCAGAGAGAGUUGUUGUUUUCUACAAAGGAGUGUGAGAUCCUUAAAGAGGAGCUUGCAACUACUAAAAAUAAAUUAGCUGGAAUAGAAGACAAUUCAUUUGGCAUGGACGAUAUGGUACAAUCAUUAAAAGCAGAAAUCAAGGAAUUAAAAGAAAAUAACGAAAGAUUGCGAAACUCGUUGGACGCUAACGAGAAAUUGCUCAGAGUUUCGGAAAACACCGCAAGCGAACUACAAAAUACGCUAAGCGAAGUAGAUAACACAUUAAGUGAGCUUUGCAAUGAAAGAGCCAACUCUGAAGAACAAAUAGCUGAAUUAAAUGGUAAAAUCCAAGCAUUUGAAGAAGAAUUGAUAUCUGUGCGCAGAGAGAGAGAUAACUUCCAACUAAAGUAUGUGUCCGCUGAAACAGCAUUGGAAGAGUUUAAGAAACAGAAAGUGCAGCUACAAGACAUCACUCAGAAGUUGGCUGACGCUAAUAAUACAAUCGAACUACAGAAACAUGAAAUUUUAGCGCUCAAGGAUGCACUGAAAGAUAUAAAGAGUGGUACAUCCUCAAACGUUGAUGUAACAUCACUAAUAGAUCACACUGAAAUCAAGGCAAAGCUAUCCAAAGCUUUGGAGGAGAAAAAUACUUUUAAGAGUAAAUAUGAGACAGAGUAUAAGGAAAGGAGCCGCAUUGCUGAAGAACUGAAGACUACGCAGCAGUCUCAACAAACUAGCAGUCAACAAGCCUCAGAGGCUCUCACACGGCUGGAGGUUCUUGGCAAAUACUUUCAAGAACGGGAAAGUGAACUAUUAAAGGAGCUCAGUACCAAAGAGGCAUUAUGGCUCAGCAAGCAAGGAGAAUCAACGAGCACUGUGGAAAAGAUUGAGUUGUUACAACAAGAACUACAACGAUACAAGGAGAAAUGCGACACGUUGACGCUAGAGCUAGCUGAGCAGGAGUCCGCUCGGCGCACGGCCAUUAGUGAGAUAGAGGCGCGCUCACACAGCGCGUGGCUAGAGGCGCGCCAGGCCAAGCGCGACGCGGAGGCCGCCAAGGACGACGCCGCUGCGCUGCGGCGCAAGCUGGCGGCCAUGCACCAGGCCGACGGCGCCGCGUCGCCUCAUAGACCGGUGGCAUCACCACUGGAAGCGGAGGUGGGGUUGCCAGCGCCCCUGCCGCCGCCACUGGCGUUCCUGCCACCCCCACUGUUGCCGCCGCUGCCGCGCCCGCCGCCGCUGGGUCGACUGCCUUCGCCACACCCGCCCAGGUACAGCGAGCGGCGCUAUUCUCCAGACAGACGCUACUCUCCGGAAAGCCGCUACUCACCGGAGAGCCGUUACUCUCCGGAGAGCCGCUACUCUCCGGACACUGUGCGCUACUCGCCGGAGAGUCGCUACUCUCCGCGACAGCGUCGUUCACCCUACUCACCGCGGGAUAGGAGAAUGCGGCCUAUAGACAGACCCAAUGGACGUAGUUCGCGGUCUCGCAACGGGCCUGCUGACACAGAAACCGAAUACAAUUCCGACAGCCCGACUCGACGACCGCCGCGACGACGAUACUCGAGGCAUUCAGGACCCAGUUCUGGCUCUGGAUGUUCGUCCGAAUCUGAGAAAUGAAGUCCUUUAGUCAAACGUUAUUUUGCUGUAGUGGAAAUGGAGUCCAAAUGCACUCUGCUGAUGGUUACGGUACUAAAGUCUAUGAAUUAGGUAAAAAAAAUACUCCACUCCUUUAAAAUUAAAUAUGAAAUGUAUCUUCCGAUUAAAAGUAAGAGUUAUGAACAUUGUUUUUAUAUCAUGUAGUUUUAGCUUUGCUUUUGUUCGAACCCGAGUAUGUUACCUAUUAUAGUUUAUUUUUACCACGUUUUCUGUAUUUUUCUGUAUUAUAGUGGAAACCCGGCUUCGCUGACUUUGUUUAUGCGGAUUUCUAAUUAUACUGAAGGAAUACUAAAAGUCAAAACAUGCCAAAACGAUAGUGGGAGACACAAGCUAUUUUUAGGAUUUAUAUUUCUAAAUUUAUUAUUGUUCACAUAAACAUCAGAAUUUUAGAUUAUCCGAAUGUCUUACAGUAAUUAGUAAAGUUAAUCGAAGAUAAACUUUCUGCACUUCGAAUAAUAUUACUCUGUUUUAGUAUUUGUCAGGCAUACACACUUUUUCAGUAAUAUUGUUUAAAUAAUGAAACUUACUGGAAUUGAGGCUUUUAUUACACUAAUAGAAUAAAAUGUCCCAUAAAUGAGUUACACUAUAUUGUUUCUAAAUGUAGAAUAUGUACCUACCUAAAUGUAAUUAAAUAAUAAUAAUAAUUUAUUUAUUGAACGUUCUCUCUUCUUACGUACUCUUUCUUGCUUAUUUAAUCCAAACAGUACUACACUGCUAUAACACUAUCCAUUCCAGAUGUAUUAAGAAUACAUAAACUGGAUAAAUGCAUAAAAAUUCUAAACUUACGUUUUCAAAAAAAAUAUGAAAUAGGUGUUCGAUUAUCAUUUAGGUGUUAUUCAAAAAAAAAUCAAAGCUUGCGUCCUAAAGUGCCAUCUUCAAGUGCUAGUUAAUUGCAGCAAUAAUCUCGCCUUGAUACUAAAUUUUAAACAAACUUUAUGGGCCUACCUUCAAAGGGCUAUAUUUCCCAAAUAUUACUCGACUACUCUGACCUACCUAUCUAAUGAGACGUUGUAGUCAAGCGGCGAUGCGUUGUGGUCUCGUGACAUUCCAUUACGAGUUGCUAAAAUUGUCGUACUAUUAACCCAAAUAGGAAAGAUUUUUCGACGAUAAUAUGGUUAGUGGCGGUCAUAAGCGUAUAUAAAGGGGGGAACGGGUGGGUCGUGCCCACCCUAGAAUGGACCUGUGUCCAUCCUGGGAUACUGGGCUACUGAUAUGGAAUUCUAUUAUGAUACUGAUAAUAGACUUGAUGUCGAAGGCUAGACCCACCCAAGGAAAUAAUGCUAGAUACGCCAAUGGUGACUGAGGAUCGAAUGUAAUAGCGCGCUCUCAGAAAGGCCUAUGUCCAGCAGUGGGCGGAUACAAGCUGAUGAUGAAUAGGAUUAGUUAGAUUUCAUCGCUUAGUCGGUUAGAUUACAAUACCACGGUUAGAUUAGAUCAUCUCUUAACAUCAGCUGAGAGCACAGUCAAGCGCUUGCAAGUUAAUAAACAAAAAAAUGUGUCUUAAAAAGAAAUAGGUAUUAACAAUUGUCAUGAGCUUGAGUAACUAAAUCUUAUUAUGAAACGAAAAUUGAGUUAUAUCUAGUCCAUAGGAUCAUGUGAAACGAAUAAACCAUUAUGAACUUAGAUACUUUUAAACAAAAAGAUGUUUGACGCCUUUAUCUCUCAGUAAUUACCACAUUGUGUACGUCACUGUAAUUUUAAAAACAAACUGCUUAUUUUGUCUUCUUUAUCGACGCAAUUGAACGUCAUAAACAAUAUAUAACGUCAGCAGCAGAUGCGGCAUUAGACGUCGGCGGCCGUUAUCGGCCGCCGACGUCUAAUGCCUCGCAAAAAAUGCCUCGCAAAAAACGCCUCGCAAAAAAUGAUUUAUUCGUAAUUAAUUCCGGUUUUUUUUUUAUUCUUUACAAGUUAGCCCAUGACUACAAUCACACCUGAUGGCAAGUGAUGGUCGAGUCUAAGACGGAAGCGGGCUAACACGUUAGGAGGAGGAUGAAUAUCCACACCCCUUUCGGUUUCUACACGACAUCGUACCGGAACACUAAAUCGCUUGGCGGUACGUCUUUGUCGGUAGGGUGGUAACUAGCCACAGCCGAAGCCUCCCACCAGCCAGAAAUAUAUAUAUAUAUAUAUAUUCCGGUAUCCUGAAUCGUCUGCUGAAGCUACGAAAGUUGAAGGCUUUGAGUGAUCCUACGCUCAAACCACUAUAGAUUGAAUAGCAAAAAAGCAGCGAAUCCCCGAGAUUAAUGGUUUAAAGUUUAAAUUUUGACAAAGGAAUGCAAUGAGCCUCGCAAUUUUGAUAUUGCCGACGUUUCUUCUGACCGUGCUACUGCUUCGCUACGUACAGAUUUGCUUAUUAAUCUUUCAAAAUUUGCUUCAAGAUUCCGUAUAAGCAAGCGGCAUAAAGGAGUCCUCGUCUGCGCACGGCAUAUUUUAUUCUCUUAAAUUUUCCUGAUUUAUAUGUAUUCGUUGCUCAACGGUAAAGCGGUCGAACUCAUCACUGAACGGUGGUGGUUCUCUCCCGUAGUCUGUCUCUAUGGUGGUCGGACCUGUUGGACUAUUGUCGUACUCACUCCUAAUACAGUCUUUCCCGACUAUGUUGGAAGGGAAUAGGUAUAUUGGUCAUAUUUAAAAGAUAGGGCAAAUGAUUUUUUUAAUGUGCGAUCGCCGCCCGCACCUCUCCCGCUCUUCUCUGACGUCAGAUCCUGUACUCCUGUACUGCACAGGCGAGGACUGUAUUAUGCGGUUAGCUUCUUACAAGAAUUAACCAAAAAUCUACAUUUAUGCCACAAGAUUUACAUCACCGAAGUAAUGAUAUAAUAACAACGCCAAUAUCAAAUAGGUCAACAGCAGACAUGAUAAAGAUUAUAUUAUUUUGAUGUACAGUAAGUAAAUAGGUACUGUUCUUAUGAUAAUGUACUUACGCUUUUGCAAAAUUUGUUCUAUGAUACCAAUAAAAAACAAAAUUAAAUUUUUAUUCUAAUUUGUGAAUUAUAUAACUUCGACUGCAAGCUUCUUAGUUUAAUAAUAAUAGCCAUGUUUAAAAAUCUAUACUAUUUCUUUACUAUUCGCUUAUAAAUGAUAUUCAAAAAACAUCUAAGUAAGUAAUGAGUUCCUAUUAUGUAUCGAAUUUAAUUUGGUUGUAUUAUUUCAUUCUUAUGGUAUAAAAAUAGAAAAUGCAAUAGUGAUUUUAUUACAACUUGCGUAUAUAUAUCUUUUUUGAUUUGGUUUUUUUGUUUUUAUAUCUCAUGACUGAAGCAACUGUAAUUAUCUAUAAUAUUAUAUGUAGUAUCUAUGUCAACUAAACCAAGACAUUUCUUCCCCUCCGAGAACUGCUACAAGAAUAAGUUGAUUAAGGAAAAUUAAAUACCUUGUUUGAGUAACAUUAUGUAUUAAUAUUUGUAAAUACACCUCUUAAAAUGAUUAUCAAUGAGAAUGAUACGGUAUCACAUAGAUAACAAUAACUUUAUGCGGUAGUCUUACUAAAGUAGGGUUGCCAUCUUCAGUUAUAAUUUGUAUUACUUAACAGUCAUAUAUAAAGUCAAUGUCAUCUUUAUGCCUUUGUAAUGUUCGAUUCUGUGAAAAAAAUGGCAACCCUAUAUUUUCAUGUUAUUUUUAUUAAAUCAAGGGUUUGUAUAAUGCAAACUACUCUUAUUGUACUUUAUUGUAUUAUCCGUUCUGUCAAUAUUAAUUGACACGAUCUUUAAUUUAUUGUGAAUUGUUGUUCAUUAGUCUGUAAUGUACUAUAUUAGAUACGAAUUUAAAUAAAUGAUUUUUAUUGAAA